AUGGAAGGAGGAGGAAUCAAGUACUUUGAAACUCCGCCUAACCGAUUGUCUCAUGCGCUCAAUUUGGUGUAUUUCACGGGGUACACGACUUUGCGUGGAGCGGAUCUGCCCCGGCAAAUUCAUAUGAGGCAAGAUGAAAGGAUCGAAUUGGGCCCAAAUCAUCUUUAG